AACAUUGUCCGUGUCUUUGUGUUGCGAAGAGUUCACAACAGUCAAAAUAGUUUGAUUAACAGAGCGAAAUGGGAAGUCACAGGAAAGUCCAAUCAGAUUGGUGCUAUAUCAGCUGGUAAUGCAGGAACUGCAAAUGUACCAACUCAAAAGGUCAAAGUGCAUAGUGCCAAUGGGAACUCUAUUGAGGGACUUGCCAUGGUUGAUAGUGGUUCUAAUAAGAGUCUCAUUCGGAAAGAGUUUGCGGACAAGCUCGGUUUGGUCGGAGAAUCAAAAAAGAUGAAGAUGUAUGUUGCAGGCGGUGGAAUUAGAGUUGAAGAUUCUGCUGAGUUUGAUUUAAAGAUAUCGCCCUGUUAUGAUGAAGAUAUUGUAUUCAAUGUGAGAGCUUAUUCAGUCAAGAAACCGUGCCAAGGAGCUAAAACUGUUUCAAAGAAAGCGGUAGUCAGAUUUCCUCACAUUGUUCGAAUUGUAGAAGAUCUACAUUUAAAUGGCGGUCCAGUGGACAUUCUAUUGGGAACAGAUCUACCGGAAGCCCAUCGUGAUUUUAAAGUUCUGGCGGGUAACCCUGGUGAACCGAUUGCAAAGAAGAACAUCUUUGGCUGGUCAGUCCUUGGUAAUCUUGAAGAGAAUAGUACGCCUGGAAUUUUUGCUGUCGAAACUAUUGACGACAUAACAAAGGACCAGGACAUAAAGAAAUUGAUUUUCCAAGAUCAAUUAGGAAUCAAACCAACUCGUUACUGUACAUGCUCUGAGAAGGAAAUGCGAAAAUGUGUAUUCAUUCGACAUGUUCGGGAGUCUACUAGAGUUGUGGAUGAUGGAAGAAUUGAAGUAAGAAUGCCUUGGAAACCAGGACAUCCCAAUCUACCUAACAAUCGGUCUGUCGCCUUCGAACGAAUGAUGUCGAAAGAAAGGCAGCUGGUAAAGAAAGGAAAGUUGGAGGCGUUUAACAAGGAAGUAAAAGCUUUGGUCGAAAGAGAAGUAGUCAUUAAGCUGAAACAAGAGGAAGUGGACCCGGAGGAGCCGGCUUAG